CUGAAUCAGUUGCUUUUAUACGAGACGACGAAGCACAUGCGUACACCCGACGUCAAUUCACAGCCAGCUGGCUAAUUGUUUUCUUUUUUCUCGACAGCACCUCUGGCACAGAGACUAGUUCAGAAUGAGUGUUCGUGCCGAGGAACGAGAUACCUAUUUAGUUUUUAAGUAAUCUAUUCAGCUAGCUAGCUGAUUUUUAUUUGAACGCCUCGUUGGACGCAAACGUACUUGCAUCGAUCACUAGAAAAAUAUUGGAGGGGAACAAAAAAAGCCUGGUUUUUGUUUGUUUUGCUUUAUUUCUUACCGUCAGCUAGCAAGCUAAGCUAGUUGUUAAGAUGGAACAUCACCAGGGAGCAAGUCGAUAUCAAGUGUUUCACAAUGAGGAUGAACCAUCUGAAGCAGCCAACAGCAUGGAGGCGUCCACAUCUGCCCAAUCAGCAGAGGCCCCCGCGGCCCAAUCAGCGGCAGUGGAAGCAGAGGCCCCGCCCCCUUCGUACGCCAGUAUCGCUUUGGGAGCGUCUGCAGCUCCAGAGUGCUGUUUCCAGGGAGACCUGCCCGUGCCCCCUCCGUACAGCAUCGCCACCUCGCUGCCCACCUACGACGAGGCGGAGAAAGCCAAGGCUGCCGCCAUGGCCGCUGCCUCCCUGGACAUGGUGCCCCGGUUGGAGGAGGACUUUCCCUCCCGCGCUGAUUUCAGCGACGCUGAUCAGCUGAGGGUGGGGAACGAUGGGAUAUUCCUGCUGGCUUUCUUCAUGGCCUUCCUGUUCAACUGGAUCGGCUUCUGCCUCUCGUUCUGCCUGCUGACCAACACCAUCGCGGGCCGAUACGGAGCCAUCUGCGGGUUUGGGCUGUCUCUCAUCAAGUGGAUCCUCAUCGUCAGGUUUUCUGAUUAUUUUACUGGAUACUUCAAUGGCCAAUACUGGCUCUGGUGGAUAUUCCUUGUUCUUGGCCUCCUGCUCUUUUUCCGAGGGUUCGUGAACUACCUGAAAGUGCGGAACAUGUCAGAAAACAUGGCAGCGUCUCACGGAACGCGCUUCCUGUACUAGAGGUUAAUGGUCGAAGUUCAUCUUGACCGCGGAUUUCCUGCGGAUUGCAACUCGACCCUGCAAGCCAACGACAAGAACACAGAGAGGGGAAAAUUACCCCACUCAGGCCCUCUGAGUCAUGAUGAAAGAACAAAAUUGACUUCACCCUUCCUUACAUGAGUUUGUGCAACCAAGGUCAUACACACUUGGACAAAGUGAUCAAAAUCACACACACGCACACACACACACACACCCACACACACCCAGACACAGAGACACACACACAUGGGCACGCACACACACAUUUUAAGGGAACGCUGAUAAUAGAACAGUCAUUGCUCAUCCACCUUCAUGUUGCACACUCGUAUGUUUGCUGCUCAUUUGUAUUGCAUUUGCUCAGCAGAAAAUGGCAAAUAAUAUGCAACCAAGGAGCUCUAUGCAAUUGUCCACUUCUCAAACUAUUUCAAAACAAAACUUGUAGGAAUUAUACUUCAGCAUUCCCACAUGUUUAUCAAUAUUUCCUUGGUAAUUGUAAACAUUAAUUGGUAUUGCUGGAACUGUAUUUGCUUUGGUAGGGAGUUUCCUUGAUUUCAUAUUAAACUGGACCUGUCAUGUGCUUGGGCCAGUUUUGUUUUAGUUUUUUUGAUGAUUUUUUUUUUAACAUCAUGUGCACAAUACAGGAAUAUAUAUUUACAUUUAGGUUGCGACUGGCUUACAAUAACAGAAAUAUACAGCUUUGUCAAUAUCAUUCCAACUGGAAUCCGUAGUUGUCCUGAUAUCAGACUUACCCAUUCAGUUUUUAAGUAUUCUUAUUUUGAAAUUACUGUAAUUGGCUUAAAUUGUGAUGUUUUUUUUUUUUGUUGAUUGUAAAGUAUCCUUAAUGCUUUGUUUUUUUUCUCCAUAAAAGCCAUUCCAGCAGCUACAACAGAUGCAUGGUUUACUAAGCUGCUUUAAAUCAAUGCAAUUCUAUAUUCUCAAGUCUAAUGUAUGUUUCUAAACAAGCUGACUUUUUUUAUAAUAAUUUUGGAAUUUCUCAACUUGAGGUGAUUGUGUAUGCUUCAUUGAAUUAUACUGUAUCUGGCCAAAUGUCAAUAAAGAUUAACAUGCA